GCGCAGACGAGGAGCAGAUGGAUCUAGAUCUCAUUGCAGUGACCAACUCCACCCAAGAUGAAGAAACUGUCAGUGACAUCAUCGCCAAAGCCAACCAGAAAAUCGAGUCUCGUCUGAUGGAGGGCGACAUCGUUGUGGACAGACGCAGAAACGCCGUCUCGUGUUUUUAUUGUAAAUGGCCCAAAUACGGAUCAUCGGUCUGGAUCUUCUAUCGCUUCGAUUCCAGCUACAGUUCCUCUCAGAAGAGUCUGAUCCGUUCGGCCAUGAGGACCAUCCAGUCUAAAACCUGUGUCCGGUUUUACGAGAUCUCACAUUACUGGAGUAACUACGUUCGCCACCUGUACAUCUUCUCUGGAAGCGGGUAA